AUGGUAACCAUCACCACAUCUACCAUCGACUCUACACACUCACCCAUCAUCACAAUUAAUGCUGCCACAACCAUCAAUGAAAAACUCAUCCCCUCUACUUUUCCACAGUGGCGAGCUCAAUUUGAAGCCUUGCUCAUUGGCUACGAUCUUAUUGAGUUUGUAACGGGUACACACAAGUGUCCUGCCAUUGAUGUGCUGAACCUUACUGCAUCCAAAGCUGCGAAUUCCCACUGGAUUCGCCAAGACAAGCUCAUCCUACAUGCCAUCCUCGCCUCCACCUCUACCACCAUUACCCCCCUUCUCUUUGCCUACAAAACAUCUCAUGAGGCUUGGACAACACUUAUCCGCUUAUAUGCAGGCAAAUCCAGAACACGUGUGAUGCAGCUCAAAGAAGACCUGACCUUGAGCAAUCAUGGGUCUCGUUCAGUUUCUGAAUUCCUUCAAGGAAUUAAAGUAAUUGCUGAUGAACUAGCAAUCAUCGAUCAUCCAGUUUCAGAUGAUGAUUUAACUCUAUACAUACUUAAUGGAUUGGGUAUUGAGUUUAGAGAAAAUGUUGCACCCAUUCGUGCCCGUGAGACGUCUCUGAAAUUCAAAGAAAUUCAUGAUCUUCUUGUCAGUCAUGAAAAUUACCUUCGGCGGCUAGAGCAACAAUCUGUAACUUCAUUUGUUCCCACCACAAAUUAUUCUAAUCGCUGGAGUCCUCAAUCCUCUUUUAAUUCUAGACAUUCCAAAUGGCGUCCCCUAGUUGCUUUUCAAUCUCCACGUGGACAAAGUGGUUCUUACCAAAAUGGGUCAUUUAAUUCAGGUCACAGGAGAUUUAAACCAAAAUGUCAAUGGUGUGAUCAACCAGGUCAUACAGCAAAACAAUGCCCAAAAAUGUCUACUUCUGAUUUCUCUGCAAAUUGUGCAGCCUCUUCUCACCGCAAAAAUCAUAAAUGGCUAGUGGACUCAGCAGCAUCUCAUAAUAUGACCACUAAUCUCUCCAAUCUGAAGAUUAAUUCUGAAUAUGAUGGUAUUGAUGAAGUGGUAAUUGGAGAUGGAUCAGGUUUGCCUGUCUCUCAUACUGGGUCAUUGUCUCUUAAAUCAUCCAAUCAUGUUUUUCAUUUACGUGACACUCUUUAUGUUCCAACCAUUCAUAAAAAUCUUAUCUUUGUUCAUCAUUUUACCAAACAUAACAAUGUUUAUAUUGAAUUUCACCCUACUUAUUUUUUGGUGAAGGAUCGGAUCACGGGGGCGAUCCUGCUCAAAGACGAAUGUGAAGAUGGAGUGUACCCAUUUCCGGAGCACCCGUCACCCAUCCAGAAAAAUAUUGCUGCCUAUAUUCAUGAACGUACUACAUCUGAUGGAUGGCACAAACGUCUUGGUCAUCCAUCAUCCAAAUUGCUACCUUUUGAUUCACCUAGACCCAGCACUUCUAUGGAUGUGGGUACUAAAGUCUUGCCUUUGUCUGAGCAUGGGUCGCCCUCUGCACCGUCUCCUCUCCAGGUAAGUAUUCCAUCUUCUCCCCUGCUCUUAGAUCCAACUACUUCCAUGGAAUUACCUGUUUCUGCUGCGGUGCGUGUUCAUAGCAUGACUACUAGGUUUAUGAAUGAAAUUUAUAAACCCAAAAAAACCUUUCUUGUUACCAAACAUCCCCUUCCAUCUUCUUUGGAACCCUCGAGUGUCACUGUUGCACUCGCUGAUUCCAGAUGGCGUGAGGCCAUGUCCUCUAAAUUAACUGCUUUAAUGCGUCAUAAUACUUGGCAAUUAGUACCCCCUCCUUCUGAUUGUAAUAUUGUGGGCUGUAAAUGGGUGUUUCGAGUGAAAAGGCAUGCUAAUGGGUCUGUUGACCGGUUCAAAGCCAGAUUUGUGGCCAAAGGGUUCAAUCAGCGACCCGGACUGGAUUACAAAAAAACAUUUAGCCCUGUUGUUAAGCCGGUUACCAUACGCAUUGUCUUGGCUAUUGUUGUGAUGCAGGGUUUGUCCUUGAGAAAUCCUGACCAUCCUGAUUAUGUUUGUUGCCUAACCAAGGCUAUUUAUGGUCUAAAACAAGCAUCACGUGCUUGGUACACUGCUCUUAAGCAUGCAUUGACCGAGUUUGGCUUCCUUAAUUCCAAAUCAGAUUCAUCUCUUUUUGUGUUUCAUAAUGGUUCCACUCUUGUGUAUUGCCUAGUGUAUGUUGACGACUUAAUUAUCACAGGCAAUAAUUCAGUUUUUGUUGCAAGUAUUAUUGAUCAUCUUGGCCAAAACUUUUCUAUCAAAGACUUGGGGUUACUGCAUUUUUUUCUUGGUGUUGAGGUUAUUCCUACUACAGCUGGAUUGUUUCUAACUCAACACAAGUAUAUUCGAGACUUACUUGCCAAAACCAAUAUGACUGGUGCUAGAGAUGUCACCACGCCUUUCUCAACAUCGGUUGCUUUGCAAUUGGAUGAUGGUUCUUCCUCUGUUGACUCCACAGAAUUUUGUCAAAUUCAUUGGACAGCAACAAAAAGAUUGCUGCGAUAUUUGAAGAACACAAUCUUCCAUGGAGUUACUAUUAACAAAACAUCCAGCAGCAUGUUAACUUGUUUCUCGGAUGCUGAUUGGGCUGGUAGUUUGGAUGACAAGAAAUCUACUUCUGCUUAUCUGUUAUUCCUUAGAACUACACCAAUUUCUUGGAGUUCUAAGAAGCAACGAGCCAUUGCAAGAUCAUCAACUGAAGCUGAAUAUAGGGCUUUGGCAAUAGCUGCUGCUGAGAGUGUGUGGCUGCUAUCCCUACUUCAGGAAUUGAAGUUUUGUCUAUCACAACCACCAUUGCUCUUAUGUGAUAAUUUAGGUGCCACUCAAUUAAGUUUUAAUCCUGUUCAGCACUCCAGGAUGAAACAUAUACAGAUUGAUAUUCACUUUGUGCGAGAUUUGGUUGCGAAAAAUAUUCUCAAUGUUCAACAUGUCCACAUAACUGAUCAGCUAGCAGAUCUGCUCACCAAACCUCUCUCCAGACAAUGA